GGACCCAGCGUAAGCGCAUCAAGGUCUCAUCUAGAACUAUGGCAACAUACCAAAGAAAGGGCACCGAACAUACACUUCAUCUGAACCUAUAAUAGACCCCCUCUCUGAGUUUGACUGGGCGAGCGUAGAGCCGCAACGGUUCAGACCUUUCAAAUCGAUAUACUACAUAACGAUGGCGCUUAAGUCGACUACUCCAUCGGAUCUCAUAAUUAUAGAUCAGAAUUAUUUAUCCCGGAUACAGGAGCGUAAAGUCGUCAUGGCCAAGCACGAAUCCCACACUAUUGGAUGCCUACCUUGUGGCGUCGAAGCCGUUCAGGAGGUGUAUACCUACCUUCUCGGAGGAUAUCUUCCUACGAGAUAUCCAACAAUUUUCUCCCAGGAUGAUAAAUUCUUUCGAAAUAGCGUUACUGGCGUCUCUCUUCCGCUUCUACCUCCCCAGGAUCCGGUCACAGCACUGAAAAGCCUGGGUGGGACUGUGGAAGAUGACAUGUUCUUUCUGCGAGAAACACCCGACGGCCACCAGUGCACCGCUUUCUUAUGCUGCUGCCCCUCUGGAUUCGACCCCGCAGCGAAGAUUGGUAAAUUACUCAAGGAUAUACAUCAGCCGGUGCCGUCAUAUGAGAAAAUCGGUGCGAGUAUGGAGAAGUAUUUCAGUCGGCUGGAAGUUGGUAAGAGCGCAUCUAGGAUUAACUGGUCGAUAACGUCGACACCAGAGUUAUUCAACAUCUCCGGAAAUCACGUAAGUGAAGGCGAUAAUAUGGAUAGUAUCGACAUUGAUAUAAAGAAGACUCAUGUGAGAAUGGAAUUACAAACGUUAACACGGAUGCCCAAGACGCGAACUAUACUCUUCUCCUUCAAAACGUACUUAUAUCCUAUCGAGGACAUAAAAGCAGAAGGCCUUGGUUCAGACCUUGCCGACGCCAUUCAAGGGUUAAAAACUGGGAACGCUCCCGGAAUGUGGGUGUAUAAAGGCGGAAUACGAUGGGGUAAGAGUGCGUGUGAAUAUUUAAGAUCGUGAUCUUCAGCGGCGGGUUCCUUGGUGAAUGAGUGGGUAGAUCGUAUCUAUUUUAGAAAGGCCGUUGACCCGGUUCUAUCUCGGAUAGCUUUCCUACAGAAUGGCGAACUUUUGGAGUAUAUCGUAUGGUAAUGGAAUUGAUGAAGGAUAUUCUUAAUUCUUUAGGAGAAUAAUAAUAUAGAAAUACCUAACGUAUAAUGACCUCGGGAUGUUUGGGUUUUAUGACAAUUGAGGUUUAGUUGAACCUUUUUAUUAUUACGGGGAACAGUGCUGCUAGCGCUUCAAGGCUGUUAGUGC